AUGUCGCAGUAUAUAAGGUUCUCUGGUGACGACUUAAAGGUUUUUGAGGCGGAGAUAUUGUAUCGUGCCAAGAUUAUAAUAUCACGGUCAAGCUCUCGUGAUGCAGUAGCAGCGAGAGGUCAAGCAUUUGAUGAUGUGGCCAGUGAGCUUCGUAAGGCUAAUGGUGAUGUAUUUCGGACACCUAAACAAGUGAGGACUAAAUGGGCAUCAACAAGGCAAAAGAUAAUGACCUACUACAAGACGGGUAAGCUACCACAAUCUAAGUGUGAGGCUGAGAUGGUACGCAUCGCGGAGUUCCUCUCGAUCAGCAUCUAUUAUGGCAACUGA